AUGGCACGUUGGAAGGUCGCGUUCGAUGAGCUGUCGCUCGAGAAGCGCAUCGGCAAGGGCAACUUCGGCGAGGUGUGGGUGGGCAAGUACCUGGGGCUCGAUGUCGCCAUCAAGCGUCUGUUCUUCACCGACGAUGAGUUCAUGCAGAAGUACAUUGAACGCGAAAUGGACACCCUCACGGGCCUCACGCAUCCCAACAUUGUGCAGCUGAUGGGCAUCUGCACCGACAAUAACGACGUGUACAUCGUUACCGAGUUCGUGACUGGCGGCAACCUACGUAAGAAGCUCAAGGAGAAGACCGUGGCCCUCUCCUGGACGCUCAGGGUCCGAUAUGCGCUCGACGUAGCCCUCGCGAUGACUUACCUGCACCACAAGAACAUCAUGCACAGGGAUCUCAAGUCGCCCAAUUUGUUGAUUGGAGGCAAUGGUCGGAUCAAGGUGUGCGAUUUCGGUCUGGCUCGUACCUCGCCCACCCAGAAGGACCAAUACAUCACCACCGUCGGCACGAACGAGUGGAUGGCGCCCGAGGUGGCCAUGCAGGACCCCUACGACCGAUCCGCCGACGUGUUCUCCUACGCCAUGGUGCUCUACGAGCUGUUGGUCAGGGACAAGCCCCCGCCGCGCAAGCUCAAGGACGCCUACGCCUGGGACGCCCCCAAGAUGAAGCAGACCAUUCCUCCCGACACGCCCGAGCCCCUGUGGAAGCUGCUGUGCGACUGUGCGGCGUUCGAGCCGCCCAAGCGACCGGAGUUCAAGGAGGUGGCCAAGCGGCUCAAGGCCCUCCUGGAGACCAUGCCCAAGGAGGAGGGCGACGACGGCCAGGACGUGGACGACACCGUCGACUACGCCGACGAGCCCGUCGCGAGGCGGGAGGACUCAGAUGACGAAGACGAGGAGGACGAGGAGACCAUCGAGACCACCAGUUACAUCGCGCGAGGCCAGGAGAUCACGGAGAUCACGAAGACCAUCAAGCGCGCUUUCCGUAAGCCCGAGUUCGUGCACAUCCAGUGCGCCAUCCCCAAGAAGCCCGCCUGGCGCGCCGGAGCCGACCUGUUCAUCACCGUCAAAGUCAACAACCAGUCGUCGAAGGACCUCAAGAGCUGCCGAAUAUUCAUCCAGGAAACGCACCAGAUGGGCAAGAAGAUCAAGGUGACGCGCUCGAAGCAGAACGAAGUGAGCGACGGCACCUUCCCCGUCAAGGCCAACACCCAAAUCGAAAAGAAUGUGCCGUUCACCAUCCCGGGGUCCGUCACCGAGUCCACAGACGAGCUCAAGCACGAGCUGGCCCUGGAGUUCAACCUCAAAGCCACCUUCGGCACGACCCACCUCAAGGCCUACCUGCCGCUCAACGUUGUCAAGGGGCGGAACUAG